GUUGCCACAGCCCACUUGCCAUACCACUACCAAUGCAUCACCGCGACGCCAUCAGGAGCUGUGGAACUCCCUCUUCCUCCCAAUUUCAGCUUCUGGACUAGGCAAAAUCUUCACAAGCCAGUGGUGGAGCUACUGGUGUACAGGGAGCAGAUAAGUGGUGGCUGAGACAUAUCGGCAGGCAGCACCACAGCGACACAGCAGCUACAUGAAGGUCUACUUGGGCGCCCUUCGGACCUCCUCACUUGUCAUCAAUACAAUUCUGGUGGGCGUGGUGGUGGUGUCCUGGGUGUACACAGUGCUUGCAGGACUGAACAUCGCUCACCGCAUCCUUCGCACCGUCCCAGGCUCUGCCUGAGCAUGGGGAAGGGCAAGGACAAGAAUCUGGGAAGUCCCAAGAGGAGUGUGGACAGCCCAAAGUCUCCCAAGAUGCGGGGCAGAGAUUCAUCACCUUCCUUCCGGCGGGAGCAGCUGUUGAGGAGUGAGCCUCUUCCUCCCAUCAAUGUCACCCCAUACCCACUCUCCACCUCCACAGAGAUGGCCAUGGCAAUGAGCUCAGAGGCACAAGCACUGCAGGAAAGAGUGAAGGUGCUCUCAGACAUCGUACGAGAGCUGCAGAAGUCACGUGACGACAACAUCCCUCACAUGAACAACAUUAAUGUGCUCUCUGACAAAAUAGUCAAUGAAGAAAAGCUAACAGCCUCCAGUCGGAACAAGCUGAAAAUGAUGUAUGAGCGUUGCAUCACCGACACAGAGAAGGAAGUGCAGCUGAUGAAGAAGGCACUUCACACUGUUUACCAGAUACGCAACAUUCGGCAUGAUCUCAGAAUUCAGGCAAAGAACUCUGGCAACAAAGAGACCAUCCGACGUGGUGCCCUCAUGAAGAUGCUGCUUAACUGUGCCCAGACGCUGCCUCUCUGGAUCGGCAACUUUGGAGAGAAGCCGCCGCCCCUGUGUGGUGCUGUGGCCCCUGAGCAGAACUAUGUGGCAAAGGUGAAUGACAUGGUGGCAUGUCUGGUGAGGGGCAGUGAGGGGGAGGACAACUGGAUUCUGGCGGAGGUGGUGAGUUACAACCCUGCCACCAAUAAGUAUGAGGUGGAUGACAUUGACGAGGAGCAGAAGGAGCGCCACACUCUGAGCCGCCGCCGUGUUUACCCCCUGCCGCUGAUGAGGGCCAACCCUGAAGUGAACCCCGAGGCACUCUACCCCAAGGGAUCAAUUGUCAUGGCUCUGUAUCCACAAACAACCUGCUUCUACAAGGCUGUCAUCAACCGUCUCCCCACCCUGGCCACAGAGGAAUAUGAGGUGCUGUUUGAAGACCCAACCUAUGCUGACGGGUACUCACCUCCACUCAUGGUGGCCCAACGCUACGUCAUCCAGAUCAAAGAUGUCAGUAAAAAAAAGUGAGGCAAAGAGGAGGAGGGGAGAGGUGAAGAGGAUCAGCAAGAUACAGACCAGGUAGAAGGAGAGGUGUGGUGAGAGGUGAAUGAAGAUUGAGGCUGAAAAGAAAGAGUUACAAAGCCAAUAAGUGAAAUGCUGAAAGUAAUGUUACCAAAAAGUAAUAAGAAGAGAUGAAGUAGUGAGGUGAAGAAUACUGUCACCAUGAAUGAAAAUAACAAGAAGGAAGGUAAACAGAUGAAAUAUUAUGCAAAGUAAGGUGGAAGUGAACCUUAAUGACUCAACAGUAAUUAAUCACUGGAGUCAAUGAAGGAAGGAAAGAUGAGAACCAGACAAAAGAAAGUAAAGAUAGAAUGUGAUAGUAAAGAAACGAUAAAAAUAGACUGAUGAAACUGGCAAUAUAUUGAAUAGUUGGCAAGUGGAAAGUUCUCAUUUAUGUGGUUUGUUUAUAUGUAAAGUGCUGGACAUGAUUCUGUUUAGUCAAUCAAUACCAAUAUAACAUGUACCUAUAGUGGGUUCUAUGGGACGGCUGAGAAACACUUGAGAUGAUAGAGACCAUGGCAGGCUAAGAUAAUAAUUUAUAUUAACAUUAAAGGUGAUCAAGAUUAAUAUGAAAAAAGAAAAAAAAACUUUGCCACAGGGCAUUCCUGGAUAGUAUAUGGACAUCAAAGACCUGUAGGGAAGAACAUUGAUUCAGAGGACAUCCAAAAUGUGCAGUGUCUUUCAAGUGUCUUACUGUAGAAGUUUCAGGUCGUGUAUGCUUUUUGUGGCAGUUCUUUGCUUCUUACAUGUGAACUCUGCUUCAUAGACACUACAAAGUGAGCAAGUACUGUGAAAUGAAUGCCAUGAUUUGUCACACCCAGAUGUACAACGUGUUUUGAGUGUAGUGUUUAUAAUAAGUGUGUGUUUGUGUGUGUAAGAAAGGAUGACUUGGAUGAAAAUAUAAUCUUUAUAGUGAGUCACUGAGUUUGUAUAAUAAAUGAAUGAAAUUU